GAAACCCUAUAAAUAGAGCAUAUAAUUUUUAUUUUAUAACAGCAAACUACACACGUCGGUAGCAUAGGGAACUCAAAAAGUGUAAGAAACACUUAGUGUGGUAUUUUUUUUUACCUUUUCAUCAUCAUAUCAUUUGUAUAUGUCAAUGCCUAGAAGUGGAACAACAGAUUCACUUGUUCUAGGCGAUGUAAUUGGAGAUGUUUUAGAUCCCUUUAUUAAAUUUGCAACUCUUAGAAUUUUUUACGAAACUAGAGAAGUUAUCAACGCUUGUGAGCUUAGACCCUCUCAAACUGUCAACCCACCAAGAAUUGAAAUUCAGGGUAACGAUCCUAUGACAACUUAUUACUAUACAUUGGUUAUGGUAGAUCCCGACGCUCCAAGUCCUGGCAAUCCAAACGAAAGAGAAUACUUGCAUUGGUUGGUGACGAACAUCCCGGCGACUGGAAGCAUCAGUUAUGGGCAAGAAAUUGUUUCUUAUGAAAGCCCAAGACCUUCAUUGGGAAUACAUAGAUUUGUGUUUGUGGUAUUUCGUCAUCAUGAAACAAAAACGAUCAGUCAUCCUGGGUGGCGUCAAAACUUCUUCACCAGAGAAUUUGCUGAACGUUACGAUCUUCGUAUGCCGCCUAUCACGGUCUCGGCCAUGUAUUUCACAUGUCAAAGAGAGAGCAAUUAUAGAGGUAGAAGACGUUAAAUCCUUUGCUUUCUACUCUAUAUAAAACGAAGGAACAUGUAAGCAUCUAUUCUACGUUGUUGGCGAUACUUGGUUAUUAAUUAGCUUUGGUCCUUAAUGUAGCGAAAUCGCCUAUAUGUAUCAAUAAUUAUUGCUUUUCAUUUUUGUUACAAGGGUGUAUGUGCGAAGAAUCUUGUUAGAUUAAUUUCAAUAUAACAAGAAAAGUUUGAAAGUUCUUAUGUAUU